CGACCACCAUGCCGACGACCCCAGCCCGCGGCGCAGUUGACACCCAGCGCACGCGCGACUUGAAGCCAGCGCCCGAAGACGAUACCGUCUCGAUCGCCUCGUCGCGACGCUCGUCGGCGUCGUCGAUCAAGUCGGUGCAGUCGCUCCGCUCGAGCGCUAGCAGCAGCUCGUCCGUGUCCAAGCGCACGACGUCCUCGUCGAUCUCGCGGAGCUCCCUUUCCACGGUGGCGUCGAUCCACGAGCUGGAGGCGCGGAAGCUCGACAUUGAGGCGCAGCUGCAGGAGGUGGAGGCCGCGUUGAAGCUCAAGGCCAGUAACACCAAAGGCGUCUACAAGUCCAAUCGGCCAUUUGCACUGCUACCGCGGUCGGCGUCGGGCUCGCUCCGUUCGACCCACCGAUGAAAGCCCGCGGCUCUGCCACGAAAUCCGGA